AUGGGAGGAGAGGAGGUACAGAGUGACUGGGCAGGGAGUCUUCCUCUAGAGAAUGGUUAUCGAUACGGACCUGGAUUUGCUGAUCAGCAUUCUAACAUGUCUGUUAAGAUAUCUGUGUUCACAAAGAAUGUUCAAGGUUAUGCAUGGAAUGUUAUCGGUGUUAUUCCCGGAAGUAUCGAACCGGAUCGCUACGUGUUGGUUGGUAACCAUCGUGACGCGUGGGCGUUCGGUGCCCUAGAUCCGUCUAGCGGUACCGCUUGCAUGCUAGAACUCAGUAGAGCUGUUGGCGUCCUCGUCAACAACGGAUGGAAGCCUCGUCGUAGUAUCAUGUUCUGUAGCUGGGGUGCGGAGGAACAAGGAUUGAUUGGAUCUCAUGAAUGGGUUGAGGAGUUUACCAAGACACUUGGUAUACGAGUUGUUGCUUACAUUAACGUGGAUGUAUCUUUGUAUGGGACCUGGGUACCUGACAUUGUUGCUACACCCAAUCUUGCCCGUCUGAUACGAGAAGCAUCUAAAGUGAUACCUGAUCCUGAUCCUGAAGGCAAUCGUCAAACUGUUUAUGAUACCUGGAAAGCACGAGGUACACUGAAUGAGGACGAUGAGCCAUAUAUCGGUACUCCCGGGUCAGGAUCAGACCAUGGUUCUCUCUUGCACAUGCUUGGAGUAUCUGCAUUGGAUGCUUUGUAUGACUUUAAUCGUGAAGAAGUCCCUAUUCGAGGGUAUCCUAUGUACCACUCUGUGUAUGAGACGUUCGACCUCGUAUCGAAGUAUUACGACCCAUCGUUCAAGUACAUGCUCGCUGUUGGUCAACUCAUCGGCGAGGUCAUGAGGCAACUCGCCGAUACCGUCAUCAUACCCAUGGACGUCGCCGACUACGCCAGCGCGGUGGAGAAAUAUUUCAUCCAGCUAAGAGAUGGGGAUAUUGGAUCAAGGAUGACUCAACAAGGGUUAUCCUUUGAGUACAUGGAGUCGGCAGUAAAUAAUCUGACUAUUGAGGCAUAUGCAUUCAAAGAGAGAUUAAACCAUCUUGAUCUGAACGAUAUAUUAGCGGUCCGAACUGUGAAUGACCAGAUAAUGUAUUUGGAUAGAAUGUUCAUCGAUCCCAUGGGUCUCAGCGCGGAAAGAAAAUAUGAAAAACAUGUCAUCCUCGCUCCCAGCAGCAAGAACUCGUACGCCGGAGAAAAGUUUGCCGGUAUCGUGGACGCCAUGUUUGAAAUUGAUACCAAUCCCGAUCCUGAAAAAUGGGAUUAUGUCAAAAUGGAGUUGGCUCAGGUCACCUAUUUCAUCCAAUCAGCAGCGUACAUGUUGCAACCCGUUUGAUAAUGAGUAAAUGUUUUUUUUUACUGCAUUGUCAUACAUUAUGU